CAUAUAACUCUACAAACUAAGAUAAUCAUGUUGUUUAUAUAAUUUAUUGUGUAAAUGUGCAAUUCCAAAUAGGUAACUAUAAAAAGAGCCUAGUUAUUAUAAUUUGUGACAUAAAUCAAAUGGGAGAAGAAACAAUACUAAAAAAGGUUGAGGUUUCUUGUAUAAAGAAAGACAAAUAUAAAAGAAGAAUAUUGGAAGGUAACUAAGCACCAAACCCAAAGUCAAUAACCAUUAACAAAAACCUUUUGCUUCAUCUCAAAGAACCACAAAGAGCGAAAUAAGAAAACAAAAAGAGAGUAUCAUCAAUGGAUGGUUUAAUACCAAUGGCCCUUAAGGCCGUGAAGAAGAACCUAACUCGUCGUCGUUACGAACGUCUCUCCUAUUCCGCAACAACUCGUGAGUCUUACGACUUCGCUUCCGAUAUUGAAAUGAACGUCGACGGUCGUCACCAUCGCCGUGGCUGGUCCGUUGGAGAUUUCUCAUCGUUAUCAAGCCGGGAAACCAAAAGAAACGGUGGUGUAGCUCCGGAGAAGAGUCUUACUCCGCCGCGGGAGGGUCAACUUGUAAGAUUCAAGAGCCAUAGAUUGUUUUCUUGCAUCUCAGGUCAAUAAUUUUAUCAUUUCAAGAAAAUUCUCAAAUACAGAAAAAAAAAAAAAAAAAUUUUUUAGGAAAUUUGCAUUUUUAUUUCGUGUUGUGUUUGAUUUUAUGUACAACGAAUCAUGUAGAUAUCGUUAUUUUGUGAUCUUUUGAUGUAUACGUAAAGUUUGUAGUUGGGGUUUGUUGUUAAAAUGUAUAUUUGUAAGGUCAUAAACGAGAAAAUGAAAACUUGUAUGGACCAAACUAGAAAUAAUGUUAAUAACUCUCCAAAAUUCUUGUUGAC